AUGACUUCUCGAGAAGGUCCUCAAGUCACUAUAAGGAAUAUAGAGAAGAAUAGUAUUGAUUUUGUGCUUUCUAAUGUGGAUCUUGCAUUUGCAAACUCACUUCGGCGAGUUAUUCUAGCGGAGGUACCUACUGUUGCAAUUGAUUUAGUGGAAAUUGAAAUUAAUACGUCUGUUCUUGCAGAUGAGUUUAUUACUCAUCGAUUGGGAAUGAUCCCACUUGAUUCUGCAAAUGUUGAUGAUAAGCUUGUAUAUACUAGGGAUUGUGAUUGUGAUCAAUAUUGUACAAAAUGCUCGGUUCAACUUACUUUAUAUGCAAAAUGUACAUCUGAUGGGACGAUGGAUGUAUAUUCUAAAGAUUUGAUUGUCGAACAUAAUUCAACGAUUGGUACGCCUGUAAUUGACGUAGAUCCAGAUGGAAAAGGUAUUUUGAUUUGCAAAUUAAGGAAAGCACAAGAGCUCCGGCUUAAAUGUAUUGCGAAGAAAGGUAUUGCAAAAGAACAUGCAAAAUGGUCUCCAGUCUCUGCUAUUGCAUUUGAAUAUGAUCCAUGGAAUAAAUUGCACCAUACUGAUUAUUGGUUCGAAGAAAGUUCCGACGCUGAAUGGCCAAAAAGUAAAAAUUCUGAUUGGGAAGAAGCUCCACGAGAUGAAGCAUUUGACUAUACAGCAGAACCAAGCAAAUUUUAUUUUUGUAUUGAAACAGUAGGAUCUUUAACACCGAAUGAAGUUAUAUCACAAGGAAUAAAAUACCUUCAAGUAAAGUUAGCUACUAUUGUAAGAGAUUUGCAAAGAAGUAGUUCAGAAAAUAUGGGUAUUGGGAGUACAGGAUUUGGCGAUGAUAUGCAUCUUUCAGAUAAAACUACGAAUGAAUGGGAUGAAACAAUAACAUGGAGUUAA